AGCUCAAACCGCGUUCAGCUCCCUUUUCAAAAGAGAAUUACCAUGUUGCCUUUCUGAAACGAACCAACAUUGGCUAGAUUGGUCAAUAGACAAGGAUGGUUUAGUAAAUCGACUAAAUUCCAUUCUGAGCCUCUGGAUUAUAAACCUGCCUUUCUCUUCCAUUUGGACUAAACUUGCAGCUUUCCUCAGAAAUGCUAAAGAUAUACAGGAUGCUGUUGUGAAUGUCUGUGUGAUCGAUCAUACUCUCAUCUGCAUCAAAAGUUGGCGACUAAACAACUAUACAAAAGUACAAAACCUAAUUCAUCAACUCCUAUUGGUAUUCCAGUUCCAAGAACUCCAAUUGAUUUUCCUAACAACACAGAUUUGAACAGCAAAAGGCACAAGCACUACUGACUCAUAUGCUAGCUCAUGAACAAACCCAAUUGGUCCUGACCCAGACCCAAAAAACUAGCAGCGAGAUAUUCGAGGACGGCGGAGAGAUAGACGGGAGCGCCGCCGCCAUGCGGAGGUUAGAGGGAACCAUAGUCCUAACGACUUGGCGCCAGUUCUGUAAGCUCUCACCGCCCAGUUUGAAUCACAUUCACAUGCAUGCAAUUCCAUUUUCUGAUCGAAAUCCCACUCCCCAAAACAACAUUGUGUCAUGGAACAAAAUGAUCGCCGGGUACGUCCGAAAUGGCCAAAUGCGAGUUGCCCACAACCUGUUCGAUGAAAUGCCUGUCAAAGACCAAGUUUCCUGGAACACCAUCUUAUCGGGCCUGCACAACACCAAAGACCCAGAUGGAGUUAAUCGAUGUUUCUUGCAAAUGAGAAGAGAUGGGUUUAGACCAAAUGAGUAUACCAUCUCCAUAGUAUUGAGAGCCUUUUUGGGGACCGUGCUUAAUGUUUUGGUCCCGCAGAUUCAUGCCUUGGCAAUACUCUCGGCGCUCAACUCAACUGUGUUUGUUGGGUCGGCACUUAUGAAAGGGUAUGCAAAUGUAGGGGAUGGAGUGGCUAUGGCUAGAGUAUUCGAUGAGAUUUCGGCCAAGGAUGUGUCAUCUUGGAAUGCAUUGAUUUCGAGUUACAUGGAAUUGGGGUGCAUGCAUGACGCUCAAAGAGUUUUUGGUGGGAUGCCGGAGAGGAAUGUAGUUUCUUGGACUAGUUUAGUAAAUGGGUAUAUCAGAAAUGGGAGGGUUAACAAAGCUCGCUCCGUUUUCAAUAAAAUGAGUGCAAAAAAUGUGGUCUCAUGGACUGUUAUGAUCAGUGGUUAUGUGAAGAAUCAGAAAUUUGUAGAUGCUUUGGAACUUUUCCUCUUGAUGUUGAAGUCAGGGACUCUGCCCAAUCAGUUCACAUUUUCAAGUGUGCUGGAUGCAAGCGCUGGCUGUUCUUCACUUAUCUUCGGUCAGCAAGUACACUCGCGCAUCUUAAAGUCUGGUAUACCGGAGGAUGUAACCUUGUCAACCUCGCUUGUUGAUAUGUAUGCAAAAUGCGGUGAUAUUGCUGCAGCGUUUUGUAUUUUUGGAUCCAUGCCAAAGAAAAACUUGAUAUCCUGGAAUUCAAUUAUAGGAGGUUAUGCAAGGCAUGGAUUUGCCACAAGAGCAUUGGAGGAGUUUGAGAGAAUGACCAACUGUGGUGUUAGGCCUGAUGCAGUUACAUUCACAAAUGUGUUAUCAGCUUGUGCACAUGGUGGGAUGAUUGAAGAAGGAAAAAGCCUCUUUAACACCAUGAAGUCAAAGUUCGGAAUGGAACCACAGGUGGAGCAUUAUGCUUGCAUGGUGGACCUCUAUGGGAAAGCAGGUGAGCUAGAGGAAGCGGAGAAGUUGAUACAUGGGAUGCCAUUUCAGCUGGAUAUUGUUAUUUGGUGUGCGUUACUUGGUGCUUGUGGUUUGCAUUCAAGUUUGGAACUUGGUGAGUCUGCGGCAGAGGAACUUGAUAAACUAGAAAGUGACCAUGCUGCAAUAUAUUCAACGCUUUCAAGGAUUCAUGGGGAAAGAGGAGUUUGGAAUAGUGUGCUCGAGUUAAGGAAGAAAAUGAAAGAGAAAGGCGUUCAAAAGCAGAAUGCAGUUAGCUGGGUUGAGUCUGCACGAGUAAUUAGAUAAACCACUAGUAUCUUCCUCGUUGCUGAUCUUAAUCUACUCCAAACCAUCUGGCUACAGUACUCAUAAAAAUGCAUGCCUGCUUCCAACAAAGACUCACUCGUCUAGAUGAGCAAAUUUACUUGUUUGUAAGUGGCUAUCUCCACCUGGGGAGCAGCCAAAGGAGUCACAAUUGGAGUCAAAAUCUCCCCUGACACCUUACUCUUAUUGGUCUCCCAAUGGAGAGAUUCUCUUCGGGUACAAUCUCAGGUUCUGGUUAAUCAAC